AUGGCUGUUGAAGAAUUUGAACAAGAUCAACCAAGUUCUCAAGAAGAUAAUGGAUCAAAUGGGACUAAAAAUAUUCAAUUAACCGAAGAAGAUAAAGAAAAAGGAAAUUUUAAAAAUUUUAAUAUUUCAAAAAAGACGAUUAAGAAACUUAAAGCUCGUAAUAUUCAGUUUCUCUAUCCAGUUCAAACAGAAAGUUAUACAUCUAUUUAUGAACAAAAAGAUUGUUUAAUUCAAGCAUCUAAUGGAACUGGAAAAACAUUAGCUUUUGUAAUUCCUAUUGUUGAAUUACUUCAAGCUGAUAAAUCUGUUGAAUUAGCACCGGGACGAGUACCACGUGCUCUUGUUUUGGUACCAACACGAGAUAUAACUAAACAAAUCUCAGAUGAUUUUCAAUCAAUUGUUAAUGAUUUAUCAAUUGCAACAAUUUAUAGUACCAAGAAAAAAUCAGAUGAUCAAGAAACAGCUAUUUCAAAUGGUUGUGAUAUUCUUGUUGCAACACCUGAUCGAUUAAAAGAAUUUAUUGAUAAUGACAAAAUUGAUUUAUCUGAAAUAAAACAUGUUAUUCUUGAUGAAAUUGAUCGUAUGCUUGAAUCAACUGUGAUUGAUCAUAUAAAAACAAUUCUUAAACAUGUUUUUACAUCAGAUCAAGAAACAAAAUCACAAUUGAUUGUUUUUUCUGCAACCAUGCCUGAUUCAGUUCGUAAAUUAACUAAAAAAUAUUUAACAACAGAUUGUGUUACAAUUAAUUUGGCCGAAAAAAAUACAGAAAAAGCAUCAGCUGAUGAUAAAGACUUCGAAGAAUCGUUUAAUGCUUCAUCAACUAAUGAUGAAUCCGAAAAAUCAGAUCAAACUUCUCGAUCACUUUUAUCAAAACAAGAAAAUUAUACAACAUAUCAAUUAACAACAAAUGAUGAAAUAAAAAGUAUCGGACUCGUAUUUACAAUGUUACGUAAAUGUUUGGGUGAUGAUUUUGAUGCUAAAGGUAGCGUUGCACAAAUCGCAUUUACGAAAGAUUUUCGAUGUGCCAUAUUCGAUUUUCCAAGUGAACUUGAUGAACAAUUACAGGGUUGUUGGAAAGAUAGUGCAAGAAUACAAAUGGGACCAAUUACAGAAUUGCCCGAACUUGAUGAAUCAUCAAUGAAUGAUUAUAAAAAUUUUUCAGGUGGUAACAAUAGAUCAUCACGUGGCGGUGGCGGUGGUGGUAAUCGAAAUUCUGGAAAACCAAAUGCAUGCUUUGAUUGUCAAAAAGAAGGUCAUAAAUCUUGGGAAUGUCCUGAAUCUAAUGGUACACAAUCUCAACGAAAUGGUGGAAAUAGAUCCGGUGGUGGUUGUUUCAAUUGUGGCAAAGAUGGUCACAGAUCAUUUGAAUGUUCAGAACCGAAAAAAGCCGGUGGUCGUUCAGGUGGUGGUGGAGAGCGAUCAAAUGCAUGCUUCAACUGUGGUAAAGAUGGCCAUAGAUCAUUUGAAUGUUCAGAACCAAAAAAAGCUGGUGGUCGUUCAGGUGGUGGAGAAAGAUCCAAUGCAUGCUUCAACUGUGGUAAAGAUGGUCAUAGAUCAUUUGAAUGUUCAGAACCAAAAAAAGCUGGUGGUCGUUCAGGUGGUGGAGAAAGAUCCAAUGCUUGUUUCAAUUGUGGUAACGAUGGUCACAAAUCAUUUGAAUGUCCAGAACCUAAAAAAGGUCGACCAUCAUUUGGUGCCGGUGGUCGUGGCGGAGCUCGUGGUGGUGGUGCAAAACGUAGUUUUGGUACUCAUAGCGAAAACGGCCAUAAUACUGGUGAAACAACUAGCAAAAAGAUCAAAUUUAAUGACGAUGAUGACGAAUGA